GAUAAGCGCUUGAGGAGAAGAAGAAGAAGACAAGUUGGUUUCUCGACACUAAGAUUUUCAGCAGUGUAUAUGAUGCUGGACAGCGUGUUUUAGCGUUAUGUCUGACUGGCGAUACAACACUUGCUCAAAGAAGUGAGAGUUUUCAAUGGUUCAACUACCAGAAGGAGUGUUACCAUUCGUAUAUAUCAAUCAGAAUGAUUUCUUGGGCCGAAAACACAAAAAGUUGAAAGAAGAGGACAUUGCCAUUUGUGAGUGCAAGUAUGAUGCCAAUGAUCCUGACAGUGCAUGUGGGGAGAGGUGCUUGAAUGUUCUGACCAGCACUGAAUGCACGCCUGGCUACUGCCCUUGCGGUGACUAUUGCAAAAAUCAGAGGUUCCAGAAAUCUGAGUAUGCCAAAACAAAAUUUUUUAAGACUGAAGGACGUGGGUGGGGCCUUAUAGCUGAUGAAAGUAUCAAGGCUGGACAAUUUGUUAUUGAAUAUUGCGGCGAAGUAAUAUCAUCAGAAGAGGCACAGCAAAGGUCCCAAGCUUAUGAAGCUCAGGGUCUCAAGGAUGCAUAUAUAAUUUCUCUCAAUGCCAAUUCGUAUAUUGAUGCAACUAGAAAAGGCAGCCUUGCUAGAUUUAUAAACCACUCAUGCGAACCAAAUUGCGAGACGAGAAAGUGGACAAUUUUGGGGGAAAUAAGGGUGGGUAUAUUUGCGAAGCAAGAUAUUUAUGUUGGAACUGAGUUGGCAUACGAUUAUAAUUUUGAGUGGUAUGGUGGUGCUAAUGUUCGUUGUCUGUGUGGAGCACCAAAGUGUUCGAAGUUUCUAGGCGCAAAGUCUCCUGCUUUCCUGGAGCACAAUCAUGUGUGGGAAGAGGGGGAUGACAGAUAUACUGUCGAGGAAAUACCACUUUAUGAUUCUGCAGAGGAUGAGCCUUCACUAAUGGUCCCAAAAGAUAAAAGUUCCUUUAGACAUGAGUUCCUAGCCAGAGGGAAGAAUGAUUCCCUUAUGGUAAUUGGUGGUCGUGCAGGAUCUGAACCUCAAUUGGGGUCCCAUGUUGCAGUUGUUGAGCCACUUCAUUCAUUUUCCGCAGGGGUGGCAAAUAACAUUGUCAAAACUGAAGUGAGUGAAGAGAACAAAUUAUAUUUCCAAGAUACUCGACAAACCUUUCCUCCAAGAAAUGUGUUGAUAUCUCGAAUUCAAAGUAGUAGUGCUUGUCGGAAUUAUCAAAUUGGGUCAGGCGCUGUUCCAAAGAAAAUGUCACACUUUGCCAACAAAAAGUCCAUACAUAAAAGUGGAAAGCAACUCGAUGGAAAACAUGUUGCGCAAUUAUUUACAUCAAAGAAAGCACAAGAGGAAAUCAUGAAAUGUGAGGAAAUAAAAUUCCUGGCUGCAUCCAAGCUCAACUCCUCAUAUGAUGACAUUCGACCUGCUAUUGAAGAACAUGAGAGGGAUAGCCAAGACAACGUGGAUAUUAGUGCAGCUAUGACAUGGAUAGGAGCCAGCUGCUCUAAGCUGAAAGCAGACUUUGACUUCCAUUUUUCCAUUGUCAAGAAUGUUGUCUGCCCACCACCUGCUCAAGCCCCAUCCAGCGCAGCAAAGUCUUCUGAAGAGGCAGACAGUGAAACUGGGAUGAAGUAUCUAACACACUAAUUUCUAAUCAUCUUUUUCUUUUUCUCGGCGAAAGUCAGCAUUGUUAGUUACUAGUAAAAAACAAUUUCCAAUCAUGAAUUUUGACAUGUUACCUGGAGUUCAUUUUCUUUUGUUCUCCUCCUCCACCUCUUUGAAGGGAUUUUGGACAUGGUGGUUGAGGCAAUUUGACAAUCUAUACAUCUGAGUUUUAUAAUAGAUUCAAUCACCGAACUUGGUUUAUGAUUUUA